UCAUGGCUCAUGACAUUCAAUCCACUAUUAUUGUGUAUUACUCCGUUCUCUCACCCUAUACUCAAACAAAGCCAUGUCGCACACCAUUCCGCUUUCCUUAGCCACCCUCAGAUCGCAUUCCAUCUUCAACCCCCCUAUCUCAACCUCAUCCCCACCUGAAGACGAAUGGGAGCUUCUUGACCGGCCCUCGGCUGACGAGCCUAUGAGCCAGAAACAGGGCAGGAUGGUAUUGCGCGACAAGGAUUUGAUUGUUGCAAUGGGCAGUGAAGUAAGGAUGAUGAGCCUCAAUGCAAGCGAUGGAAGUUGGAAGGUUGAGGAUGGACUUGUCGGAUCCUACAGGACACUCAAAUCUGCACAUUUAACAUUUGCGAUCCAUCACAUCGUAGUUAACCCGACCGGGAGAUUGUUAGCAGUAGUGGGACAUCAUCAGAUCGUCGUACUGGUGCUCCCAAAACCCACACAUUCUGGCAAAUUGGAAGAAGGGCAAGCGGAAGUGGAGUCAAUACCCAUCGAUGACUUCUUGUUUUCGCGGUCCUCUAAUGAUGCGAUAACCCAAGUACAGUGGCACCCUUGGGGUGAGAAUGGGAACUCGCUUUGGGUGUUGACGGCCGGCGGCAAGCUGCGCGAAUAUGAUGUCUUACAACCACAUGAUUGCGUACAGACUUUCGAUUUCAUCCCGGAACGCACCCGCUCAGUUCCAAAAUUCACUGCCGUUGACCCUCUUUCACGUUACGCCUCUUCGUUUGCAUUUGGCUCCUCUAUGAUUGGAUUUUCACCUCUUAUGGUGUAUUGUCUGCUGGCGAGCGGUGAUAUACAUGUACUUGGUCCAAUUCUUCCACUCCGAACAGAAAUGCCGGCCCAGUAUCUCCGGCAACUCAAAACAUUCGCGGAUAUCAGGCUAGCAACAGUCCAAAAUCAAGCCCGUGAUGUUUUUGGUGCAGGGACCUCAGGACUUGGAAAGGCGGUCUUGCAAGCAGAGUGGGUGGAUCAUCUCGUAAAGCAAGUGCGACAAACGGAAGAAAUGCAGAGCAAGAAGCAAGUCGAAGAAGGGGGCGGAACUACGCAAAACAUGCCCAUGAGGGCUAGCAUUUUGGGGAAAUCCACGAAGAUCCAUAGUUCUCCUGUAGAAAAUAGAUCUUCAUCGUUGGGCUUACCACGCAAUGGUUUUGUCAGAGUCCACCCACCUCACCUCACAGAGUCAGGUGGUCCUGCCCCUGGUGCUCAUCGUACGUUGCUCAGACAGGGGCCAGUGGUGUUUUCUCCUGGACCUCAAGAUGUGGGAAAUGUCGACGAAGAUUUAGACGAGGAGCAGAUGGCCACAGAUUUGCUUAUCGUGCAGGUCGAUGCGAAUGAAAUGGACGCUGGCGGGUCAAAGGGAACGGAGGGGCAAACUGUCAUUGCCAUCGCGUGGUCUGGCGGUCGGGUUGAUAUCGGCCUGGAACUGGAUGCACCCGAGGCACGGUGGAUCAGUUCUAGAGAUCCCACCCCCCCGGCUCCAGUGAUACACAUCACAGACUCCAUACUUCUCUCAUUUCCCAAUAAUGACCCCUUCAUCAUUUCCUCCAAUGCGCCCGUAUUGGCCCGUGAUCCACUGUAUAAUGACGUUUUCUAUGUUUCACAUGCUUUUGGAGUGGACGCUAUCAAUGUCAGGGCUGUUGUUGAUGGACUGGACGGGGACGGUAAUGAAGGCGAACUCCCCGUCCCUCAGGUAUCGAGACUCGUCGAGUCUAACAGUGUGCCGAAUACGCCGAUUGUCGGCAUGUUCGGCUUUUGUAAUAUCACAUUUGGUUACGGUAUUGUCGUUCUCGCCUCCACUGGUCAGGUUGCCUACAUGGAGCUCGACAUUCGUUUCGGCGAUCGAUUGGCACUUUUACCUAGUUCAGCUCGUGCUGCAAGCGGCUUUCGAACUGAACUAAAGGACACACAAUCACUACUUGACAAUGCCUUUGAAGUGGACAGUCUUGUCUCGUCAGUCAAGACUGGCACCAAAGCCUCGCGUCGGCAAAUUCCGGAUUAUAACAUGCCCCUGACUGUUAUUAACAGUGAUCAUCUUUCGGCCCUUCAAGACGUUUCGUCUCAUGUUCAUGCUCAAGCUCAGCGUAUACGGACUGCUUCCCAAGCGGUGGAGAACCGCCUUGAUCUUCAAGUCGAAGAACUUCAGCGUCAUGCCCGUUUGAUGGCAGAAUGUCGUCAGGAAGUUGCAAGUCUACAAAAAAGCGAGACCCUUGGCCGAAUAGAGUCACUGAUAAGAAGGCAAGAAGGCAUACAGAAGAGGGUAGAGAAGAUGCUGGGCGAUAUGGCCUUGGAGUACAAGCCGCAUGUAGGCGAUGGGGAGAGAAAAUGGUUCAAGGAAUUGCAAGAGAUGGAGAUGAAACUCAAUGGAGACUCAGGGGAAGCAAAGGAGGCUUUAACAGACAAAGUUCAAUCGCUUCGAAACCAGCUUGCCUCACUUUUACCCGUAGUCUCAAAGGCCCACCAAAAGGAAAGCGCGGCUGCGUCGACGUUGGCGCCUAAACAGAUCAAGCCGUUGAAAGCAGCUCUUGGGGCAAGAUCCGAAGAAUUGAAGAGGCUACUUAAUAAAGUGGAGGCAUUGGAUAUAAGAUUAGAUACAGCCCCUGUUGAAUAGAAGGGAUAUUGAUACUGUAUGACUUGUUGUAA